AGUGAUACGUACUGCAGAAGUAUGGCACACUGCAGUGUAACGGCACACUACUCCACCGGUAUUCCACUGGAAUAUAUGCUUGCCAGCGCCACGACCAACCCAUAUCCCUGUCUCUCUGCUAUUUUACAUCUGUAGAAACUUCUACAUAUCGAGAGUUGUGCAGUUCUGCGUCGGAGAGACGUCAAGAGAGCACCACGGCCAGGUUUUAUAUGCUUUGGAAGUGAAUCUUAUUUGCGAAUGAUUUCCUCCUUGGUUUCGUAUUACAGAGGGAGUGAGUGGAGCAGCGCGAGUAUCGCUAUGUAAACCAACUGCAUCAUGACAUGUUUUACCGAUGUUUCGCAAAGAAAUCUAAAGGAAAAACGCGAACGAAUAGCCUUCAGCUGACAUUUGUUAGUAUGUGGAAUAAUUUGUAACUAACUGAAUCGUCCGAAAACAAAGCCGAGAUAGCGGAAAGGAUACGGUAUCUGUCGUUAGUUUACGCGGAGGGAACUGACCGGGAGAGUAGGCUAUUGCAUUAUUAUCACCACAGCUGCUGAACAGAGGAGCAUAAGUGAACGAAUACUACGGCUGCCAGAGGCUGUUCCCACACUGUCUAUCUCCACUGUCACUCAACAUCAACCAGCGAAUCAACGGCCUCGCUGAGACUCUAUCGGAGCCAUGGGUGAGGCUAAGGUCCUGAUGUUGCUUCUUCUGAUUGGUUGGGAGAAGUCGUUGAGUCUCAACUGGAACCCAAUACCACGCAAGACCGUCAGAUAUCAUGAGGUACUGGACAGCAUGGCCAGGUUCCGGGCUCUAGGUGUGUGGAACUACACCAUGGUGACUCUAGCAGAACACGAGAGGGUUCUGUAUGUAGGAGCUAGAGAGGCCCUGUUCGCCCUGGACCCUAACGACAUCAGCAGACAGCUACGACCUCUGAUUGAGUGGCCAGCACCACAGGAGAAGAAGAGAGAGUGUUCUGCCAAGGGCAAGAACAACCAGACAGAGUGCUUCAACUACAUCCGCUUCCUGCAGAGCUACAACCACACCCACCUCUACACCUGUGGAACCUUCGCCUUCCAGCCCAAGUGCACCUACAUCAAUGCUGACCACUUCAGUCUCAACCCUGGCUCCCUGGAGGAUGGGAAGGGCAAGUGUCCCUACGACCCUGCCAAAGGCCACACAGGCCUCAUAGUGGACAAGGAGCUGUACUCUGCCACACUGAAUAACUUCCUGGGUACUGAGCCUGUGAUCCUGAGGAACCUGGGACAGCAACACUACAGCAUGAAGAGUGAAUACCUGCCGGCCUGGCUCAACGAGCCUGACUUUGUGGGCUCAGCCCUGGUGAGGGAGAGCAGUGGCAGUAAGGAAGGUGACGAUGACAAGAUCUACUUCUUCUUCAGUGAGAGAGCUGUAGAGCUGGACUGUGACACAGAGCUCACUGUGGCCAGGGUGGCCCGUGUCUGCAAGGGUGAUCUGGGGGGCACCAGGACCCUGCAGAAGAAGUGGACCACCUUCCAGAAGGCCAGGCUGGUGUGUUCUCUCCCUGAACGCCACGUCACCUUCAACAACCUGCGGGAAGUCUUCACCCUGCCAGGCAUCGACUGGCGCACCACCACCUUCUAUGGCAUCUUCCACGCCCAGUGGGGUGAUGUGGAUGUGUCAGCGGUGUGUCACUACCAGAUAGGGGAGGUGAAGAAGGUGUUUGACGGCCCGUAUAAGGAGUACAGAGAGGGCUCCCAGAGAUGGGGACGAUACACUGGCACUGUCCCCAGCCCACGGCCCGGAGCGUGCAUUACAAGCUGGCAUAGGGAGAACGGCUACAACAGCUCUCUUCAGUUGCCAGACGCCACUCUCAACUUUGCCAAGAAGCACCCUCUGAUGGAGGAGAAGGCUCAGGCUCGCCCCCUACUGCUCACCAAGGGCAUCAACUUCACCCGCUUGGCAGUGGACCGGGUCAGCUCCCUGGACCAGCGUGCAUACAACAUGCUGUUCAUUGGCACAGCAGACGGCUGGUUACAGAGGGUAGUGAUCUUUGGCUCGGAGGCCCAUGUGAUUGAAGAGAUACAGCUGUUUGAUUCUCCACAGCCAGUGGACAGCCUGACCAUCUCUCACACCAAGAAGUACUUGUACAUUGGCUCACGUUCAGAAGUGCUCCAGCUGCCCUUGGCUAACUGCAGCCGUUAUCAGUCGCAGCCAGACUGCCUUCUGUCCCGGGACCCCUACUGCGCCUGGGACAGCGAGGGCCGCGCCUGUGUCCGCAUCGACCUCCACCGCGGGUCUACCUCCUCCCUAUCCCAAGAUCUGAUGCUGGAGAGAUUCAGUAGGGGCAAAGCCAAAUUUGACAAGCCUGUGGCCAUCCCCAGCCCUGACAACUCUCGGCUGAGGAAUGUGACAGUAGUGGUAGAAUCAGACAUGGUUUUGCCCUGCCAGCUGGUGUCCAACCUGGCCCAGCCCUCCUGGGUCCUCAACGACCGCGAGCUGCAGCUAGGAGACGAGGAGGCCGGAGGGCCACGCUUCGACCAGGCCCUGAAGGCUCUGGUGGUCCCCAACGCCAUGCCAGUGCACGCGGGACGCUACGUGUGCUACUCCGAGGAGCAGGGGGUCAAGUUUCAGAUGGAGCGUUACCAGGUGUCGGUGGUGGCCAGCUCCCCUGUGGUCAUGGCGGCCCGGGCCCCUGACGGCAGCAUGGGUCUGUUCUGGGUGUUGGUGAUCACCCUGGGGGCCGCCUGUUUAUUACUAUUGGUGGCAGCUCUGUAUCUGAGGAGACGUCUGAAGCUGGCCCUAGGUAAAGGGGCGGACAUGAAGCCUCUGGAGAGCACCCUGGUCUACCCCAUAACCCUGCCCAAGGAGCCACCCACCUUCGUGCCCAGCAAAAUGCCCAGCGACGAGGACCGCUUCUGGGAGACGGGCGCCAACUACUACUACUCAGACGGCUCGCUGAAGAUCGUUCCGGGCCACGCCCUGUGCCCCAGCAGCCAGUCUCACCACCACGCUCCAACAGCGUCUCCCAGCACCAUCCCCGGCCAGCCCAUCCAUUCCCCCAGCCGGCUCAGCCUUACCAACAUCAGGGGUUCCGGCAGCAACGGCUACAUCCGCCUCAACCUGAGCUCGGCCGGGGAGGAGAGGGUUAGCGGGGGUGGUUCUGGUGGAGGAGGGCUGGGCGGGGGCGGGAACGACUACUCCAGCCCCUUCAAGGAGGAGCUGCGUCGGACCCUGCAGCAGAGGAGCGUGCUGCCUGACGCCAACCCUGAAGAGUCGUCUGUGUAGUCUUUCUCCACGCCUGCCGUAAUGAAAAAACAAAACAAGAGACAACGAACGGCAACUAACCUACCUCCCUCCUCUCUCUCUCUUUCUCGGCUCCACUGUCACCAUGCUCUUGCUCGUUUGGCUGACUCUGUGACUGGCAGAAGACGCUUUUAGCACAGAGCAUGUGAUGUGACACACACGCCGAAUAUUCAUCAGCAUCCGCUCCUGUUAUUAUUGUGUUCCAUCCACUCCUGUUAUUAUUGUGUUCCAUCCGCUCCUAUUAUUAUUGUGUUCCAUCCGCUCCUGUUAUUAUUGUGUUCCAUCCACUCCUGUUAUUAUUGUGUUCCAUCCGCUCCUGUUAUUAUUGUGUUCCAUCCGCUCCUGUUAUUAUUGUGUUCCAUCCGCUCCUGUUAUUAUUGUGUUCCAUCCGCUCCUGUUAUUAUUGAGUUCCAUCCACUCCUGUUAUUAUUGUGUUCCAUCCGCUCCUGUUAUUAUUGUGUUCCAUCCACUCCUGUUAUUAUUGUGUUCCAUCCGUUCCUGUUAUUAUUGUGUUCCAUCCGCUCCUGUUAUUAUUGUGUUCCAUCCACUCCUGUUAUUAUUGUGUUCCAUCCGCUCCUGUUAUUAUUGUGUUCCAUCCGUUCCUGUUAUUAUUGUGUUCCAUCCGUUCCUGUUAUUAUUGUGUUCCAUCCGUUCCUGUUAUUAUUGUGUUCCAUACGCCAAACUGGCUGUCACAUUUGAACUUCUUCAGCAGUUUAACUUGCUUUCGCUGUGCAAAUCUCAAGCUGUGUAAAUUCUGUAUUUAAAGACAAUUGAACGCAGAGGGCCUACACCUCAAGCAUGGCAGUCAAACAAAUGGAAAGGUUUCCUGAGAGCACUGCUUCAUGAUAAGAUAGGACCAAGAACUCAUGACAGGAUUGUAGCUUCAGCGCUAUACCAAUCAUCCAAUAAUCAAGCAGUACGAGUCGACUGACUGAAAGAUGGAGGAGCUGGCUUGCCUUUUUUCUGUUCUGUUGGAGAAUUUUUCGCUUUCUACACUUAACAUGGGAGUAUGGGAGUCGAUUUUGUAUUUGUGAGCAAAGAGAGUGAGAGUCACAUAAUUAAUCUCAAAAGCAAGACGACAAUCACGUUCCUCUCUCCGGGGGUUAAACCUGGGAAGGAAAGGGAGGGAUGAAGAGAGAGAAAAUGGAGGGAGCUUUGCGUGAAAGACACAGAGGGUUUACAUGAAGGACAAACUCUCAAUUAGACUUUCUCGGCUCGAUUUGUACUUUUUUUUUUACCUUGUCAGUCUUUCCUCUGAGAAAGUCUUCAAUCCCUGCCACAUUGAUAUAUUGUGACAAUUUAAAUUAAGACAUUUUUUGUGUUGUUUUUCUAUGUCUUACGGACUACAGAAGCAACAAAUGGAGACCAAUGGCUUUAAAGCACCCCUCUGUGAAUGAGAAUGUGAGAGAAGCAUGUACAAACCUCUCCUAUCCCUGCUCAAGGUAGAUAUCUCCCCAAAUAACCUCCACACUAGUAAAUUGAUUUUUAGUACUACUUUUACAAUAACUGCACUACACAUUUACACAAGUGGUUCAUGGGAAUUUCAGUUAAACCCAUUCAGAUACACUUCCUUGUGAUGUGAUUAUGGACAUUUUUGUUUGACAUAAUCCCACAACAGAACCUACAACAGCACAUUCACUUAUUAUUCUGAAUUUGAGAUGAGACGAAGGCAUUGCUUUCAGUCAUGUAGUGGGGAUGACACGGGGGAAUGUAGGUCAACUCUCACUAAACUGUUGCGACUGCAGUGGAUGUCUCAACAAGUGCUUUAUAAUAUGUAUGUGUAAGGGCGGGGGUGGUGGAUGGGUUAAACUGCCAAAAGAAGCCCUCCCUCCCCUGCACUGCCCUGAAUGCCUAUCCUGGUGGAUGUAGUAGUGUGUCCUGGAGGGGACGGGCCACAGCACUGUACCUGUCCUAGACACACCCUUUAUUAACCCCUUAUUUCCCUAAACCCCACCCACCUACCUACCUACCGAUGUCCAGAGAAUGACCUGGCGCUACUGUGGAAAGCCUGAAUUCAGAGAGAAGGAUAGACACUGAACUGUAAACCCACACUGCCUGUGCUGUUAGAGGGACAAGCAGACAACAGAUGGAAGAUAGAUGAAUGGCCUGUGACAAACCAACGGCUCCAGAGAGCGAUCAGAGGCUCAUCAAUCAGAGGGGUGGCUUUGUGACACAUCUGCAGGGACCAGAGAACAACACAAAACAAAGGAGGAACAAGAGGAGUACGAUGUUUCUUUCUUUCUCACCAAAAUGUAUACUAGAGACAGCUGAAGGGGAUGUAGAAUAUUGUAAUGAUCCCUGGGUUGAAGAGGUACUUACUUGGCCAUCAGUGGUUAGUUCAUCCUAGUGUUGCAUGAUCCUCUCUGCAAAUGUACUGUACACAUCUCUGAUGACAUGAUCAUAAUUGUAAAAGAAGUGUAUCAUGUUUCAAACUUUUGCAGACACUAAUGUUUUCUACUAAAAUAAAGUGUAAUUUAUGAUUAA